AUGUCAUUCGAAAAACAAUUUUUCCAAUACAAUUCUCGAAUUUUCGGAACAUCUGGAAUUGUUGGAAAUGUGUUUUCACUUCUCAUAAUUUUUUCGGUCAAAACUGCGGAAACGAAUAAUUUCCGAGCAUUACUCAUAUUAUACUGUUUGGUGGAUUUUUUAUAUUGUGUAUUUCAUAUUUGGGCUCAACCUGGAUUUGCAAUUGUUGAUAAUGUUUAUGUCUAUUUUUCGUAUUCGAUUACUGGAGAAACAAUUUUCGGAAAAAUUAUUCUUGCAAUUUUUGCAUUUUUGUUCAUUGAGGUGGGUUUUCCACCGACUUUUUCUGAUCCAAUUCAUUUUUUCAGUCAAUCACUGUCUUAAUGACCCUUUUUCUUGUUCGAUUUUAUUCCAUCCGAAAUAUUCAAUCAAGUUCAUCAUCAACUUCAAGGAUUCUGAAAAUCAUCAUAUUUUCAUCAAUUCUGAUUUUUCCCACACUUUAUUGUUUGGCAGUUUUUGCACUUUGGGAGAAAAAAGGAGUUACAGAUGAUGAAAUGAAAAUGAUUGCUUUGAAAUUAUUGGAAACUGAAAAUAUUGUUGCUUAUGCGGCUAGGGUACGGUUGAUUACUGUAUAGUAACACGUGUUUUAAAAUUUUCAGACAAAUUCUACUGAUCCAUUGGUAAACAAAGCUAGAAAGACAUUUUCACUUUCCUUGUUGACUAUUCUUUUUGAGGCGGGUUUUCACCUAACUUCAAAAUCUAACUUUUGAAACCUCAAUUCCAGAUUUCUGUUAUCAUAUUCUGUGGUUCAUACGUCAGUUGUUCUCUUCGAAAAAUUUCAGCCAGCGAAAAAACUCGAAAAUUACAAAAGCAAAUCCUGAUCUACCACAUUAUACAAACUGUUAGCGUCUUUUUCUGUUGCGGAUUUCACGUAACUCUUUUUGCAAUCAGUACUUAUCUCGAAAAAAGUACAAAUUUUAUCGGAACUAUUUCGAGUGCCGCGUUGAUUUGGUUCCCAACUUUUGAUUGCGUUAUUUUGUGUAGUUGUUUGAGUUCAUAUCGGUGAGUAAAUGAGAAUUCAAUUGAAAUUUUUUGAAAAUAAAUUUCAGAAACGCUAUAAAACGUGUCUAUGAAGCAUUGACUGGGGCAAAACAAAAUACAAUUGGUGAAGCUUCUCAAAAUCACACAAGGACUGGUUCAACUGGGAAUAAGAUUUGA